UGAUUUGACCACUUUGUUACAAUUAUUACUUCUAAACUGUAGAUACACUGGUUCUUUAAGUACUAAAAUGAUUGGACCUUUUCUGACUCUUGUUUUGGUGAUGCAGUGUUGUCAUGUUCUUAUCUGACAUGUCAGGAAGAGUGCCUUUGUACAAGAAGGCAUUUGUCUUCUUCAGCUCCCCUGUUUCAAAAGAAUUGGUUAGCCGCAUCAAGAAUGAUACAAGUGUAUUACCCCGUAUAGGUGCAUUGAGAGAGAUGAAUUUGGAGUACUUUGCCAUAGACAGUCAGGGUUUCAUUACUGAUAAUGAGAGGGCAUUAGAGGAUCUUUUUGGGGAAAAUGUGGAGAAUUCACGCAUGUAUGAUGCUUGCUUGAACACUAUGGCUACUCGUAUAUCCUCAGUUUUUGCUUCAUUGCGGGAGCUUCCAUAUGUGCGCUACCGUGCUGCCAAAUGCCUGGAUGCUUCCACUAUGACGCCAUUUCGUGAUUUAGUUCCGACAAAGCUUGCUGCUGCUGUUUGGAACUGUCUUACUAAAUACAAAACCACUAUUCCUAACUUUCCUCAGACAGAAACAUGCGAUUUGUUUAUUCUUGACAGAUCUGUGGAUCAGAUUGCACCUAUUAUACAUGAAUGGACAUAUGACGCCAUGUGCCAUGAUUUAUUAAAUAUGGAAGGAAAUAAAUAUGUUCAUGAGGUUCCAAGCAAAACUGGUGGUUCCCCUGAGAAAAAGGAGGUUCUUUUGGAAGAUCAUGAUCCCAUUUGGCUUGAGCUUCGCCAUGCACAUAUAGCAGAUGCUAGUGAACGGUUACAUGAGAAGAUGACCAACUUCAUAUCAAAGAACAAAGCUGCACAAAUCCAUCAUGGUUCAAGAGAUGGUGGUGAGCUAUCCACACGAGAUUUGCAAAAAAUGGUUCAAGCUUUGCCACAAUAUAGUGAACAAAUUGACAAGCUUUCUCUCCAUGUGGAGAUUGCUGGAAAAAUCAAUAGAAUUAUCAGGGAACAAGGGCUUCGAGAACUUGGGCAAUUGGAGCAAGAGCUAGUCUUUGGAGAGGCAGGGACAAAGGAAGUAAUCAAUUUUCUGAGGACAAAACAGGAUACAAGCCCUGCAAAUAAGUUGCGGUUAUUGAUGAUUUAUGCAGCAAUUCACCCCGAAAAGUUUGAGGGUGACAAAGGUUCAAAAUUAAUGCAGUUAGCAAGAAUAUCAGCUGAUGACAUGAAUGCUGUAAAUAACAUGAGAUUGCUCGAGGGAUUGUUGGAUUCAAAACAAAACUCAACAGGGCGUUUCUCUCUUAAGUUUGAUAUUCAGAAGAAGAGCCAUGCAGCUAGAAAAGAACGAACAGGUGGGGAGGAACAACGAUGGGCACUAUCACGCUUUUACCCCAUGAUAGAGGAGCUGAUUGAAAGACUUAGUAAAGGUGAACUACCAAAGAAUGAAUAUCCAUGUAUGAAUGAACCGAGUCCAACAGUACAUGGAAGCCCACAGGGUGGAUCAUCAGGACGAGCAAGCCAAGUGUCAUCUGCUUAUUCGAUGAGAUCAAGGCGCACUGCUACAUGGGCUCGGCCACGUAGUUCUGACGAUGGAUAUUCAAGCGACUCAGUACUGAGGCAUGCAUCUAGUGAUUUCAAGAAGAUGGGCCAGCGUAUCUUUGUAUUUAUCAUUGGUGGAGCUACUCGAUCGGAACUGCGUGUUUGUCACAAGCUGACAGGAAAGCUUGGGAGGGAAAUUGUCCUGGGUUCUUCUGGUAUUGAUGAUCCUCCAGAAUUUAUCACGAAACUGAAGAUGCUGACAGCACAUGAACUUCCGCAUGAACUUUCAAUUGACGAUCUUCGGAUUUAAAAGAGAGAAUGCCUUGAGAUGCUAGCGCUUCUCAAUGCAAGCAGGCUGGUUUUCACAAUUUUAGGAAAAAUGUUCCUUGUAUCACUUUAUUUUGCCUGCUUUUUUCUUUUUUUUUUCUAACCUUUAAUCUGUACUAUUAUUAAGCUGGUUGAGAGCUUUGUUGGAAACAUGUGGCAGUGGAAAAUUUGAGUUCCAAGUCCUGCUCCCUCUGGUACCCUUCUGAACAAAUCCUUUAUGUGAUGUAAUUGAUAGCUGAAACCCCUAACGAUUUACGUCAUAUAUAAUCUCAGGUUAUACUAA